GACACGGCCAGAGCACUGAGAGAUAUCAGGUAUUGAUGUAACUGGAGUGAAUAAGGGAACCUUCUUCCUGAGCACAGACAUUGCAGCCUGUUAUCAGCAUGAACUCAUAUGUGUUAGUCACUACAGGAAGCAUCAGAAUGAUACCACAGACUCCAACAUUUUUAGACACUAAUGAAUAUUCACAAACAUUGGGGAAAUCACAGCAGUUAUUUAAAAGAGAUGGUGAAUUGGCAGGAACUGGGCAGCAAUCAUUAUGUACAGAGAGUAAUUUAGUCAUCAAACAAGAGGACAACAUUUAUGCCUUAUCUAGUGAAAUGAUUAUCCCUGAGGAUAAGCCACAAACAUUUACUGAGUUUUCAAAAAAAUUUAAAGAAGAGAAAAGUCUACAGUCUAGCCAAAUGAUUCAUACAAAGGAGAGACCUUUCAUAUCUACAGAAUGUGAGAAAAGCUUUAGAUAUAAGUCUUAUCUCCUAGAACAUCCCAAAAUUCACACAGGUAAGAAGCCACACACAUGGCCUGAGUGUGACAAAUGUUUUAUACAAAUUACAAAACUUAUAGCUCAUGAAAGGACCCACACAGGGGAGAAAUCAUUUAGCUGUACAGAGUGUGGAAAAAGUUUUACACAAAUGAAUAAUCUGAAAACUCGUAAAAAGAAUCACACAGGAGGAAAACUUUUCACAUGUACAGAGUGUGGAAAAAGUUUUACAGAAAAGAGUCAUCUGAUAAAACAUGAAAAGAUUCACACAGGGGAAAAGCCUUUCACAUGUACAGAGUGUGGAAAAAAAUUUACACAAAUGAAUUGUCUGACAACUCAUGAAUGGAGUCACACAGGGGAAAAGCCUUUCAUAUGUACAGAGUGUGGAAAACAUUUUACACGAAUAAGUAGUCUGAAAACUCAUGAAAGGAGUCACACAGGGGAAAAGCCUUUCAUAUGUACAGAGUGUGGAAAACGUUUUACACGAAUAAGUAGUCUGAAAACUCAUGAAAGGAUUCACAUAGGAGAAAAGCCUUUCACAUGUACAGAGUGUGGAAAAAGUUUUACAGAAAAUAGUAGUCUGAAAACUCAUGAAAGGAGUCACACAGGGGAAAAGCCUUUCACAUGUACAGAGUGUGGAAAAAGUUUUACAAAAAAGAGUUAUCUGAAGAAGCAUGAAAGGAUUCACACAGGAGAAAAGCCAUUCAAAUGUACAGAGUGUGGAAAAAGUUUUACAGAAAAUAGUAAUCUGAGAAAACAUGAAAAGAUUCACACAGGGGAAAAGCCUUUCACAUGUACAGAGUGUGGAAAAAGUUUUACACGAAUAAGUAGUCUAAAAAUGCAUGAAAGGAUUCACAGAGGAGAAAAGCCUUUCACAUGUACAGAGUGUGGAACAAGUUUUACACAAAUGAAUUGUCUGACAACUCAUGAAAGGAUUCACACAGGAGAAAAACCUUUCACAUGUACAGAGUGUGGAAAAAGUUUUACACGAAUAAGUAGUCUGAAAACUCAUGAAAGGAUUCACAUAGGAGAAAAGCCUUUCACAUGUACAGAGUGUGGAAAAAGUUUUAUACAAAAGAGUGAUCUGAAAACUCAUGAAAUGAUUCACAUAGGAGAAAAGCCUUUCACAUGUACAGAGUGUGGAAAAAGUUUUACACAAAUAAGCAGUCUGAAAAAACAUGAAAGGAUUCACACAGGGGAAAAGCCUUUCACGUGUACAGAGUGUGGAAAAAGUUUUAUACAAAUAAGUAAACUGAAAAAGCAUCAAAUGAUUCACACAGGAGAAAAGCCAUUCAAAUGUACAGAGUGUGGAAAAAGUUUUACAGAUAAUAGUAAUUUGAGAAAACAUAAAAAGAUUCACACAGGGGAAAAGCCUUUCACAUGUAAAGAGUGUGGAAAAAGUUUUACACGAAUAAGUAGUCUGAAAACUCAUGAAAGGAUUCACACAGGAGAAAAGCCUUUCACAUGUACAGAGUGUGGAAAAAGUUUUACACAAAUAAGCAGUCUGAAAAAACAUGAAAUGAUUCACACAGGGGAAAAGCCUUUCACAUGUACAGAGUGUGGAAAAAGUUUUACACAAAUAAGUAAUCUGAAAAAGCAUCAAAUGAUUCACAAGGGAAGAAACCUUUCACAUGUUUAGAAAGUGGAAAAAGUUUUUUUUAUUGAAAUCCGGUAUAACAAAACACCAAAUAUUUACACACAAACUUUAUAUACAGUGUACAAACCAUUUUACAAAUAUCCUAAAGAGGACACACACUCUAAAUAGAUGCAUCAAAAUAGAUGUUAUUGUAAAUAAUACUUUAUAAAUCCCAGUUAUAAAAGCCCCAGAUUGGAAGUGCUCUCCUGCUGUCCUUUGUUCCUCUAUAUAUGUGCACCUCGGUUUCUCUCAUAUCAAUGCAAGAGAAUACAAACACCACACAGGAAUAUACAAAUCUGUCCUCAUACUGACCAGUUUACACAACCAUUCACCACCAAAGCACCCCCAGUGUUUAUUAUUAAUAUGCCAGUGUUAGGAGUUGUACAUUUGAUUUACAUAGGGGAGAAAAUAAUUAUAUUUACAGAAUAAAGGAGUCUUUAUAUGAAUAGAGCUUUAGAAACUUAAAUAAACAAGAUCAGUCUCAAAUGAUUGACAUCUGGGAGAUAUAUUUAAUGUUCACAUCAUGUGGAUAAACCUUUUCUUAUAGCAAUAGAUGCUUAGCAUUGUACAUGUUAUAUACCAGAGGAAUUACUGAGGGGAAACUGAUUUUAUUUAAUGAGACACAAUAUCAGUAACAUACGUGAUCAUAAUCAGUUUAAUUUAAAUGGCUACUAUAACUAAAAGGGAACAUUAUAUAUCUGAUAAAUCCCUUUGUAUCAAGAGCACAAGUGUUAGGUAUAUUUAUACCAUUGUGUGCAGAUAUCAUGUAAUGCUCCUUUUGACUAUAUAAUGAUGUAAUGGUUUUUCCUGCAAAUAAAAAGUGAUUGUAAUCCA